UCCUUCCUACUUUCUUCUUCAUCCUCCAUCUCUAUCUCCAUCCCCAAACCACCAAAACCAAAACGAUCGACCGCUUGCUCGUCUCGACGGCAGCAAGCAGCAGGCGAGGAGCCGAGGAGAUGUUCCCCGGCCUCAUCCACCACCACCACCGCCGCCCGGAUGCCGAUGGAGGAGGCGGCCUUGCCGCUGUUGGUGCCGUCACGGGCCUGGUGCUGACGGCCGACCCCAAGCCCCGCCUCCGCUGGACGGCCGACCUCCACGACCGCUUCGUCGACGCCGUCGCCCAGCUCGGCGGGCCCGACAAAGCAACACCAAAAACCAUCAUGAGGACAAUGGGUGUGAAGGGGCUCACCCUAUUUCACUUAAAAAGCCACCUUCAGAAAUACAGAUUAGGAAAGCAAUCUGGCAAAGAGAUGGUAGAGCAGUCAAAAGAUGCUUAUAUUUUGGGAGCUCAAAGUGGAGCAAAUUUAUCACCUAGAGUUCCUACUCCAGAUGUGAAAGAGAGUCAAGAAGUCAAAGAAGCUCUCAGAGCACAGAUGGAAGUGCAACGUAAAUUGCAUGAACAGGUUGAGGUCCAGAGGCAUGUACAGAUCCGAAUGGACGCUUACCAGAACUACAUCGACACACUACUGGAGAAGGCAUGCAACAUAGUAUCCGAGCAACUGAACGGCUUCACCAUCUCUGACCAUGAUCUGCCAGACCUAUCAUCUGCUGGUGUGAUGUUGAGCUCUGCAGACCCCUUGAGCCCGUCCAUCUUCCACCAGCUCUCUGUCAGCUCGAUCAACCUGCACAGCCCAGGAGGCAAAUCCUCUCCAUUUGCAGUUCCAGGUGAUGCUGACCUGUUCUUCCAGAAGGUGCCUGAAAAACGCAAUUCAUGUUGAGAUACAUAGUCAGAUAAAGUGAAGAUCCACGAUCUGCUUCACCUGGAAAAGAAAACCAGGGAGAAUCCUUCUAAUAUCUUGCAGGACCCCCAGUAAUUGUCCUCUUUCUAGUAGUUAGAUUAGUACUGAAGAACUAGGCUCUUACCUUGAUCUAUUUCAGUUAAUCUAGACUGACCUUUUGUUAAUAUCCUGUGGUUAGUAGACUAGUAGAUCAAGAACCUUUCUUUAGAUCAAGAACCUUUCUUGAUGCCGUAGUAUCUUGUAUUCCGGAGUCCUAACUUUCCAAUUAACACAUUUCGUUUAUUUUGUGUGUUUUUAACCUCCAUAUAAUUGGGAACACUCAAAUGCAACUCAUAUUACAUAGAUAUCUCACAGUCACAUGAUUAUCUGAUCCAUGCACAUAUAUGUUAGUGAAAGUUAAUGGGAG